AUGAAAGCUUCCUGCGCCCCCGUGUUCCCCGCUGCUGCGGUUGGGACCAAGUCACCGCUCUUCUCCUACCAGACCGUUGUUCUCUCUUCUUCCUGUUCUCGCUCCUCGCCCCGUUUCCGCCCGCUCUCCGUCCGCUGCGGCAGCCAUACCAAUGCCAGUACUAGCAGCGUCGCCACUCCUACGCCCAGAGACCAGAGCAGUCACAGAAGCGGCAAAGGCGAUGGGAAGAACAGCGGUGCGAGGAGAAGAGUCGAUCCUCCUCCUGGUGGCCAAUUGCUGACACCACCACCCCUGACGAUACGCGGGAGCAGGAGCGGGCGCAGGUUGCAGCCCAAGAAUGAGGAUGGAGGGGAGUGCAUCCCAUCGGCGGAGGAUGCGUCUAUAAGCGUCCGGACGAUCUACCAGGGUGGGGAUCCGCUGGGGCGCAAGGAGCUAGGCAAGUGCGUGGUCCGCUGGAUCUGCCAGGGCAUACGGGCCAUGGCUUCCGACCUUGCGUCUGCUGAGCUCCAGGGUGAGCACCCAAUCGAGGAGGAGGUCCGGCAGCGGCUGGGGCUUGUUAAUGGUGGGGCCGCGACUGGGGGCCUGGCGUUCGUUAUCCAGGCGCAGCCGUACCUCUACGCUGUUCCUAUGCCCAAAGGUCUGGAGGCGCUUUGCUUCAAGGCUUGCGCCCAUUACCCCACGCUCUUUGACCACUUCCAACGCGAGCUCAGGGACGUCCUGCAGGACUUCCAGCGACAGGGAGUCAUCACCGACUGGCGUGCCACUAAGUCUUGGGAACUCCUCAAGGAGUUUGCUGCAUCUGGUGGCGACUUCUUCCCUCAAAAAUCUUCUAUUGUUCAUUAAAUUGAUACAAUUCCUUUAUUUGUUUUUCAUUUUUUUCUUACCGCACCCAAGUCGUUAGUGGAAUCAUUUUAUAGCAUGAUGCUUUAGGUCUGUAGAGAAAUGAAGUCAGCUUUAAAAGAUAAGAAUUAUUAAGCUUUGUAGUCAUUGCUUGAUUAUGAUUCUUUAUUAUAUUUUUAUCCUUCAUAUAGGAUACUUACCAUCCUGAAAUCUGAUAGCGUGGCUCUUACGCAACUUCGUGUUAAAAAUGUGAUUUUUUUGUCAUUCUUUGCCGUUUCCCAGGUAAUUUACAGACAUUGAUCCCGGCUAUGGAAAGCCCUACUUUAUCAUUUGAAGAGAAUUGCCUUUUUAACAAUGAACGAUUGGUAUUGUAUGCAUAGGCCCUCCUGUCUGCUAAUGGAAAGUUCAUUUUCUUGCAGCACAACAUCGAGCAUUUGUCCGGAAAGCUCCCCAGUCAAAGGCUUUGCACGGCGGGUUGGGCAUAGGUGUCGAGAAGGCCAGACUGAUACAAGGGAAGAUCGAUGAUUUCGUCAAAAAAAUGUCUGAUCUUCUUCGAAUUGAACGUGAUGCAGAGUUGGAAUUCACUCAGGAAGAACUGAAUGCCGUUUCUGAUCCUGAUGAGAAUUCAGAUUCAUCAAAGCCUGUUGAAUAUCUUGUUAGUCACGGCCAGGCACAGCAAGAGCAGUGUGACACCAUAUGCAAUUUGAAUGCAAUUAGCUCCUCUACAGGUAAAUUCAACCUGUUGCUUUUGUUUCUUCCUGACUUUGAUUUGACAUAUGCUAGUUGUGAUUCUGUGAAAGAGAAUUACUAUCGAUGAUGUUAAUCCAUUUUCUCAUAAAUAUUGUUAUUGUGUCGCCUGGCUGAAGAUGUACUGUCCUUUGUUCUCUGUUUCAAAAGAUAAUUAUUACCAAAUGGUUCCUUUUUUACAGGUUUGGGAGGCUUGCACUUGGUCUUAUUUAGAGUAGAAGGAAACCAUCGACUGCCACCAACUAGCCUUUCCCCUGGUGACAUGGUUUGUGUAAGAACAUGUGACAGUAGGGGUGCUGGUGCAACUUCUUCCAUGCAAGGAUUCAUUAAUAACCUGGGUGAGGAUGGCUGUAGUAUCACUGUGGCCUUGGAGUCUCGACAUGGUGAUCCUACAUUCUCCAGAUUAUUUGGGAAAACUGUCCGCAUUGAUCGCAUACAUGGAUUGGCUGAUGCUCUUACAUAUGAGGUAUGUGAAAGAUGUUGAAGCUGAUAAAUUCUAUAUAUGUCCGUGCGUCAUGAUUUACUCGUCAUUUUCUUGCAGGCAGUAUUUUUUCCCCCACAAUUUUCUUUUUUUUUCUUUAAGUUUUAUGCCGAUUUCCUUUUGAUGUUUUCUUUCUUGGGAUCAGGAGACCUCAUAUCCGUACAAAUCUUCUUGCAACUAAGGUUUUCUGUUUUUUAAGUCGCAUAUAAAUGUUUUCCAGGUUGAGAUUGAACUGGGGGGACUGACAGCAGACGUCAUUCUCAGACGGGAUCUGCCAAUGACAGCUGCCUCCCAUAUAGUUUAGAGGAACCCAACCCAAGUUUGGCCGUGUAUAAUUGAUCUUUACUCACAGGCAUCUGUCUGUGCAUGUGCAUGACUGGACAUUGAAAGAUUUUCAGUUAAUGGUCUUCGUAGUCCUCGUUUUUCCUUUCUGUCAUAUUGUUCAAUUUUAUGUGGAAUAAUCCACUUACGUUUAUUUUAGAGAAUACUCUACGAGAUUCUGUUUUCGGGACUAUUAAAUUUACUUUAUUUGUUUCACUACGCUAUGAGUGACUUAGCUGGAGAAAGCUAUAGGAGAAAUUAGUUUUGUUAGCGGACUCUCCUCAAAAGUUGUCUAGGUCCGAUUUUUUUUGACGUUUUGUUCAUCUUUAUUUCACAGCGCAAUUGUGAGGCAUUAAUGCUGCUCCAGAAGAAUGGAUUACACAAGAAGAAUCCCUCAAUUGCAGUAAUUGCUACGCUAUUUGGAGAUAAAGAAGAUCUCAAGAGGCUAGAGGAGAGUCAAUUGGUCGAGUGGGGUUCAGCAAAGGUUGACGGGCUGAUUGAGGAUGGGAGAUAUGAUGAAUCUCAAUUAAAAGCUAUUUCUUUAGGCUUGAACAAGAAACGACCCCUUUUAGUUGUCCAAGGCCCUCCUGGUACCGGCAAGACAGGCAUGCUCAAGGAAUUGAUAACACUCGCUGUUAAGCAGGGUGAUCGUGUACUUGUUACUGCACCGACUAAUGCUGCUGUGGACAACAUGGUUGAAAGGCUUUCUGAUACUGGAAUCAGAGUUGUACGUGUAGGAAAUCCUGCACGAAUAUCGUCAUCUGUCGCUUCAAAAUCUAUAGGGGAAAUAGUCAGCAAAAAGCUUUCAGCCUAUAAAAAAGAAUUUGAGAGAAAGAAGGCUGAUCUGAGAAAGGAUCUGAGGCUCUGCCUGAAAGAUGAUUCGCUUGCAGCAGGAAUAAGACAGCUCCUGAAGCAACUUGGGAAGUCUUUAAAGAAGAAAGAAAAGGAAACCAUAAAGGAAGUCUUGUGUAAUGCUCAGGUUGUACUUUCUACAAAUACUGGUGCAGCCGACCCCCUCAUUCGGAGGUUGGAAGCCUUCGAUCUGGUGGUCAUAGAUGAAGCAGGGCAAGCAAUUGAGCCUUCUUGCUGGAUCCCAAUUUUGCAAGGGAAGCGUUGCAUAUUGGCAGGGGAUCAGUGCCAGCUUGCUCCAGUCGUUUUCUCAAGAGAAGCUCUGGAAGGUGGGCUUGGAGUCUCCCUUCUUGAAAGAGCAUCGGGUAUGCAUGAAGGUUUGUUGGACACCAAGUUAACAACGCAAUACAGGAUGAAUGAUGCAAUCGCCAGCUGGGCAUCAAAAGAAAUGUACAGUGGUUCUUUGCAAUCUUCCCUAACAGUGGCCGCGCAUCUUCUUAUUGACUCACCAUUUGUCAAGGUAGGGUAGGACCUCGGUCAUGGUCUCAUCCGUACUUAUCACCUGAGAUUUUCUUCUUCUUAUUUUUAUAAUUGAGGGUUCAAUUGACACGCAUUCAACUCAUUUAGACUUUCAUCUAUGCUACUAGUUAUGAAAAUUUAACCACCAUCAUAUCUUGUCAACAGAGAAAUUAUCAACCUGGGGUAGUACCUUAUGGUGGAGGUUGUUUUUAGUGUGAAACCGGUUAGGAUUACAUGGCAUCAGACUUCCUUGCCUAUGGCUUUUCACUUGUUGUCUGUGUACAAUAUAUUUGAAUGUAUCCCAUUUGUAAAAUAAGUGGGGCAUCACUUUGUGUCCACUCUGAAUGGUGUGUAUUGACGCAGGCGAAUUGGAUGACUCAAUGCCCACUGCUCUUACUUGAUACACGAAUGACGUAUGGGAGUUUAUCUGUUGGCUGUGAGGAGCAUCUGGAUCCAGCGGGAACCGGAUCUUUCUACAAUGAAGGAGAAGCAGAUAUUGUCGUCCAGCAUGUCCUUUCCCUUAUCUAUUCUGGUACGGAUUCCUUGCUUUUCUGUCUUGCAGGUCGUAUCUUGGGUGAAUCUAUAGAUUUCCCUUAUUACUGAGGAUGUGGCUCGUUUAUUUCUUUUUGUUUUGAUUGUGUUUAAAUAACCUCUAGUUCAUAAUGUAGACUUCAAGGAGAGAAAAGAACCGUUGGACUCUAUUAACAUAAGUUAAUUUGGUUUAUUGGAUUCUAGAAAAUGGAAAGAUCACAAGAUACAUAAUUCAUCUGUUGAUUAAAUGUUUAUGUCCAUCAUCAAAGUUAUAAAUGAUUGUAAAUCCUUCCAUUGAAGAUCAAAAAGUAAAUAUUAAUUUUAAGAGUGUGUGAAUAUCCAAAAAUGCUGACUUUGCGAAAUGAAGUCAAGGCUCAAAUCAUUGGUCCCGACCAUUUCUGGCGUCUGCACUCUUGUUACUGCAGUAUAGAGGCCUAUACUGAAUGAAUGGCCGCAACCGCAAUUCAUGCAUUAUGAUCUAAACAUUAGGCGUGUCAGUGAAUUGGAUUAAUUGGCAACGUGCUCGAAAUAAAUGGAUUCAAUUUGUUAAUCUGCAGUCUAAAUACGGAGGCUAAAUUUCUUCACGUACUCUUCAUGUUCGCAUGCGGUUUCAAGUUCGUUUGUAUUCUUCUUUUUUUUCUUUUUUAGGUAGUGCCAAACUUUUUGAUGUGUUUCACUUCUGUCGAAGAAAGUUGACAUUGGAAACCAUUUUCAGAAACUAAUUUUAUCUUGGGUAGUUGAAAAUUUGUCCUAUUCAUUCAUAUUUGGGUGGUUCUCAAGUAUGUAUCUUCUCCAAUCUCCAUCUGAUUGGUUCAUUUGACCUGUAGAUCAAUAGCCUAUUUCUGAUAUAUAAUAGAUCGUUACUGCUAUGCUACUCAGAUCAAGGCCUCUAUAUAUGAUAUUUCUGAUAUAUGAUAUUUCUGCAUCUGAUUGUAUCUGCAAUAGCCGCCAACGGAUCUUGUUCUAUCCCAAUCCUAUCUGAUCCAUCGGUAGGCCUCCGGUGAUGUUUGAAAGCCUUAUCAUCUUCAUACCCUGCUAUUCUUUGGCUUUUCUAGAGAACGGUUUCCGUCACGAAGCUUAGCGUGAAUAAUGUCUCCUUUCGUAAGAUGGCAUCAUUCUCUAGUUUGACAGUCAAUGACCCAUGGCCGGUAAUGUCUGAGACAGGCGUGUUACGUGGCAGCCGUCCCAUGUUGGCAACUGUUUGCUUCUUCUAAUUGCUUGGUUAGGUUAAUGCGAAGUUUCCAUCCCGGCUGAACUAAAAAUUGCCUAGGAACACCCAUCAUGAAUUCAUUCCGGUUGAUCUGCGGUUCUCUCGAUGUUUUCUUGGUGUCUGUUUCGAUGAGUGCUAGCGUCGAAUAUGGCGCGAGGGUCUGCUGCAUUCGUGAUCGAGUUUUUCUGCCGUCCAUGCCGUCCGUGUCUUCAUUAUCGUGAAAAUGUGUUGAACAGGAGUUUCUCCGACUGCCAUAGCGGUGCAAUCUCCCUAUAUUGCUCAAGUACAGCUCCUGAGAGACAGGAUUGACGAGCUGCCGGAGGCGUCUGGGGUCGAGGUCUCCACCAUAGACAGUUUUCAAGGUCGAGAAGCCGAUGCUGUAAUUAUUUCCCUGGUAUGGCGUCUGGACUCGAGACUUUCAUUGCCGCUUGGACUAUCCCACCCCUAGGAUGGUUCUUCCGGCAUGUUUCCAUCGCUAACCCGCAUUUAUGCUCGUAGGUUCGGUCGAACACUCUCGGCGCAGUCGGGUUCUUGGGAGAUAGCCGGCGGAUGAAUGUUGCCAUCACCAGGGCGCGCAAGCACGUCGCCGUGGUGUGCGACAGCUCGACCAUCUGCCACAACACCUUCCUCGCCCGGCUCCUGCGCCACAUUCGGCGCUAUGGCCGGGUGAGGCACGCCGAGCCUGGCUCACUGGGCGGUGGCGGGUUCGGCCUUGGCAUGAAUCCCAUCCUACCCUCUACAGGUUGA